CUUCCGUUGCGUCACGAAAGUGUCAACAGUAUUUAAUAGCAGCCGACGACGAUCGCUGGUCGUUUACUGCAGCCAUCACCGUUGGAGGCUGGUCCUUGAAGUUUCAAUGACUCAACAAUUAUGGCUUCACAAAUCAGCUUCGUCAUCAGCCUAGCUUCCAUUUCUGUAAUACUAGGUUGUCCUUAUCAGACUGAUCUGGUUUUCCUUUUGGAUGGAUCCGAAAGUGUCUCAGAAUCAGCAUUUCUUCAGCAGAAAGCGUUUGUUGUGGUAAAUACUGCCACACUGCAAAUGACUGCUCCAUCUUUCAGACACCUACAUGUUGGAGUCGAAGUGUUUAGUUCAGAUGUAAGCGUCAUUACCGAAUUGGACAAACCAGCAGAUCCUGACACCUUUAGUAACUUUGUCCUCGCAGCAGCUCAGCCUCGUGACGGAACGCGCACCAACAUGGCUCUUAAGACAUUGAGAUAUAUGUUCUCUCAGCAAUCACGUCAAAAUACUUUGUUGAAAGCUGUCUUAAUAACUGAUGGAUAUUCAAAGAAUAUAGCUAAAACGAUAGAGGAAGCCCGAAUGGCAAGGAAUAUGGGUGUUGAUUUCAUAUUUGUUGGCAUCGGAGGUUCGAUAAAAUUUGAGGAAGUGGCAGCUCUAGUAGAUGACAAGAGUAAGGUGUUUCUCCUCAACACGUUUGAUGAACUUGCCAGUGUCAGUGAUGAAGUGCGAAAUGCUAUUUGUUCGGGAACACCUGUAUUAUGGCAAAGCAAGAGAGCGCGCAGUGAAGGGACCACAUGGAAAACUAGGACAAUUUCUGAGACAUAUAUUGUUGCCUCUUCAACAACGUUUGCACCAACAAUGACAAAAAUGGAUUCAGUCGCGACUUCAUCUAUGGCAACCUCUCUGCAAACAUUUGUGACACAAACCCCUGUGACAUCAAAUGGGAUGAGUACCACAAUACCACUUUCUUCAUCUAAUCGUUCAACUGUUAUGCUGACUAUUGCUUCACCAACGUCUAAAUCGCCUACCUCUCAAGAAACUAUCACUGCAACAGUUUCAACCUCAUCGUUUACAACAGACAUCUCCAAUACAACCCAUAAUCCAACAACACAAAUUGCUUCUGCAACCACAACCUCAACACCAUCUACAACUAGUACUUCCACAUCCCCACCUACUACCUUUAUGACAUCGACUACGACACGACAAUUGGUUCAGCAAGACCAUUUCACUCUCAUACCUCUUGGUUUGCUUGCGGGUUUAGGUGGAAGCGAGACGCUAUUGGACUUACUCAGGGGGUCUAAUCAUGAUAUAUCAAACGAUAAUUCAUUCGGAAUGAAAAUUCCAUUACCCCUUUUCAUAGCUAAAACGCCGUCCGUCAAAACUACAUCCUUAGCCUUAAAUCGAACAUUGCCAUCUUUGUCCACACAUAGUAAUGCCACGUCUCCAUCUGAUAAUACAUCACCUACAAGCAAAACGUCAACGGUCAAGUCACUCAUGACCUUAAAUCAAUCAUUUACUAUCAUGUCUCCAACACAGCCUACCGGUACUAAGACCACACCAACUAAUUUACUUCUAUCUACCUCAAGUAUUGCAACACCUUUAAGCUCAGUUAUAACUACUAUGACCCCUAGUACACCGAUAACUACAAGCACAACACCCAUGAGUACAAUUACUACAUUACGAACAUCUACCGCGAAUAUUACAAGUACAGCACCAUCUACACAGAGUUCAAUAAAACCUACUACAGGGACGUUGAUAACAAGUACGGCCAUACCUACAACACCACCUUCAUCUACCACUAGCCCACCAUCUUUUACAAAAGAUGCACCAUCUACAACGAUGGAAAAGGCAAUACGAAAAGAAGGAAUCAACAGCCAAAUGUAUUUUGAAACCACAAACAUCUACAUACAUCCAGAGUGUCUCAGAGUGUCCCCGGAUCCAGAGGAUCCCACGCAAUAUUUUGAGAAGGUUGGAACCCUAACCCACCGACGCAGAUGCGCUAGAGGUGUAGCCUUUGAUCCAAUUACAUGCACCUGCGCCUUAAAGUUUAUAGUCGGAUUUACACAAUGCCGUCCGGAUCUAGUGCUAACAUUCUCACAUGGAAUCAAAGAUGAAUCUGGGAGCAACACAUUUGUUUUAAAGAAAAAUAAUGUUCAAAUAAUAGAAAACGAAGCAAGAUUCUUUGCGGACGGGUCCCUUGAAACAUGGCGUUUCAAUAAUGCAAUUCAGGAGAGUUUGACCAUACGAUUUCGAUUCUUUCCUUGGGUUCACUGGAGCAAAGAAAAGAUGCGGCGGGCAAUGAUAGGCAAUUGUGAUGCUUACAACAGAAAAUCAUACAGUAUCGAAGUUGACGAAAUGAAACAUCAUGUCGUUUUCACUAUUCAUACAUCUCAUGGCUUUAGCAUAAUCCGGAUUCCGUACACAUCAUCUAAGUGGAACAGCGUUCAGAUGGUGUAUGAUAAUAAGCAACUACAUUGUCAAGUGAACGACCUUUUGGAGCAAAGACCACUUACUGGGAGUAUAAAAACAUCAAACGAACCUAUGGUAAUUGGAGCGUGCGACAGCAGUUUACUGGCUUCAUAUUAUGGUGUUAUGGAUGAUAUAUAUGUCUACAUGUGUGCUGUGCCAAAACCGGAAACGUAAUCGACAGAACACAGUGGACGAAAAAUGAUUAAUUACCCUGUGUGGGGAAAUCUUGAUGAAGUAGCUUCGAAUGGUCUGACAUCAAAAGGGUUGAAUUUUUAUAUGCAUAGAUACAGCUUGACUAUCAAAUCUGCUGUGUUUAAGUCAAGGAUUCCCAUUGUCAUUGUUUAAAGCACAAUUGCCUUUGAAUACCCGCUGAAGUAUGUUUUUUAUAUUGACAUGAAUAAAAUAUUUGAACCCA